AUGGCAACCGGCUCUGGCGCUGCUCAGCGAGAUGUGGGAGGCGAGGUUGGAACACAACCCCUCGUCAGCUACAGCGUUGGGAUCAGCGCCUGCGAGAGAGGGAAGCAGUGGCGGACCGCACUGGCGAUGCUCAGCGAGAUGCGGGAGUCUCGUUUGGAGCCCAAUCCCGACGUCAUUUAUAUUUCAAUGCGGCCAGCGCGUGUGAGACGGCCGAGCGGUGGCAGCGGGCUCUUCGCUGCUCAACGAGAUGCGGGAGGCGAAGCUGCAGCCCAGCGCUAUCUAUAUUUCAGCUACAGCGCUGGCAUCAGUGCGUGCCAGAAUGGCGUGCAGUGGCACCAGGCUUUCGCGUUGCUGAGCGGUGUGUGCGAGGCGAAGCCGGCGUUCAACAGCGUCUCGCACGCUUCGUGGACAAACGCGAGCGAGACAGGGUGGCAGUGUCAGCGGGCAGUGUGGCUACACGGCGUGAUGAGGGAGGCGAACGUGGAUCAGGAGGCAUCCAGCUUCAGCCCUGCGAAGGUUGCUCUUCUGCGUCGUGACGAUACCGCAGGCUAUUCCGCUGCAGCGCUGGGACCAGGCGAGAAAGGUGGACAUUGGCAACAGGCCCUGUGGCUGGUCGGCGAGAUCUUGGGCGCACAAUUGUGA